AUGUCUUCAUUCAACCUCUCGAGCGUCGGCCCACGAACUACUCUUGAUCCCGAAUUCAGAGUCUUCCUCUCCAAGAACACCGAGCUCCACUUGGGAGGCUCGGGGGACUUCCACGACGAGAGCGCGCAUUACACAAAGUGUUCUGCCUCCCGGCCCUACCCCCGCACACCGCAAGCGCCAAUCCGCGAGUUCACCGCAAUUUGUGGUCCUCAUGGCAACAUCCCAAUUGGAGUCUUCUACCCGAAAUUCAGAGUAGAAAAGCGUAAAGUUGUGGACGUAGCAACGCUCCUAUAUCUUCACGGUGGCGGAUACACUGUUCGUACCGUGGAUGAGGUUGGGAAUGGGUUAAGGAUCCUAGCGGAGGAGUCCGAUGUGCACGUCUAUGCUGUCGAGUAUCGACUACCUCCCGAAUGGCGUGAUCGCCAGCGCAGCUGGAUGACGACUUUGAAUUUGAGGUUGAGACAGAUAAGAAAAUCUCUCGCAGCUCAGCUAUUGCUCUAUCCUGAGGCGAGGCUGCCAUUCGGCAUGCUGGCCGCUGCACAGAAGAUCAUUGGCCGCUACUCGGACUGGAAACCUAUUGGCUUCCCGGCUCCGACUCGCAAGUAUAUCCCUCGUGGGAUUCCAUAUCUCAGCGAUCUGGGGAAUAUUGUCAACCUCCAAUAUAUCGAUUUUCCAUCAAUAAAUCGAUCACUUUCCAAUAAUGUUCCUCCAGCAGCCGUCUUCAGGUGCGGAUUCGAUCCUUUGCAUGAUGUAGGUGUCAAGUAUGGUGCGAAGCUGAAGCAGGCUGCGAUUGAGGCAGCCUGGCGUCACUUCGAAAAACUGGCACAUGGCUUUUUGCAGACGUCUUGCAUAUAG